AAUUAUUUCUUUCCAAAAAAAAAAAAAAAAAAAAAAAAAACUAGCAAGUAAAACUCAAAGAAAAGAAAUGAGAAUCGGUAUUCACUCGACCACAAACACGGCAACCUUCUCGCCACCGGCCGCCAUCCAGCGGUCGCCGUGGCACUCUCCGGUGCCGUACCUCUUUGGGGGGAUGGCAGCGAUGCUCGGCUUGAUCGCCUUCGCCCUCCUCAUCCUGGCCUGCUCCUACUGGAAGCUCUCCGCGGUAGAAGAGGGAGACGUGGAGAGCGGAGCAGGCGAGAAGGGCGAAGGCGCCUCAGCCGAGAAGGCGCUGCCGGUUUUCGAAGAGAAGUUCUUAGUGAUCAUGGCUGGUGAAGUCAAGCCUACUUACCUCGCCACCGCUAGAAAUGUGGAGAAUAAAGGAAAAGUUGGUGGAGAAGAAGAAGAAGAGGAGGAGAAGGUGAAGAAAGAUGAUGGAAAUGUUGUGGAAAAUGGGGAGCAGUUACAAUUGAGGCAACAAGAGCAAAACCAAUCAACUACUACUACUAUUAGUUAAUGGAAAAUAUUGUUAGGGUUGUGGAUUUUGAUCUCUAUUUUUGCUUCUUUUGAUUUUGAGAUCCGAUGAAUGGUAAAUUUUCUUGAGAUGAGCAGCUUCA